GCAUGCGCACCGCCCCCCACUGCUGCCACUCCCUUCUCUGGGCGUCUGGACUCUCUCUCUCUCCCGGCCAGCCCCGCCCAGGCGGCUGCCGUGACCUGCCUUGGCGCAGGGAACGGAAAGCCGGAAGGGGCAAGACGAGUUUAGUUCGUCAUGGGGCUGUUUGGAAAAACCCAGGAGAAGCCUCCCAAAGAGCUGGUCAAUGAAUGGUCAUUGAAGAUACGAAAGGAAAUGAGAGUUGUUGACAGGCAAAUAAGAGAUAUCCAAAGAGAAGAAGAAAAAGUGAAACGAUCUGUGAAAGAUGCUGCCAAGAAGGGUCAGAAGGAUGUCUGUGUAGUUUUGGCCAAGGAGAUGAUCAGGUCAAGGAAGGCUGUGAGCAAACUCUAUGCAUCCAAAGCGCACAUGAACUCGGUGCUUAUGGGUAUGAAGAAUCAACUUGCGGUUCUGCGAGUGGCUGGCUCCCUGCAGAAGAGCACAGAAGUGAUGAAGGCUAUGCAAAGUCUUGUGAAGAUCCCAGAAAUCCAGGCCACCAUGCGGGAACUAUCUAAAGAGAUGAUGAAGGCUGGGAUCAUAGAGGAGAUGUUAGAGGACACUUUUGAAAGCAUGGAUGAUCAGGAAGAAAUGGAGGAAGCAGCAGAGAUGGAAAUUGACAAAAUUCUGUUUGAAAUUACAGCAGGGGCAUUGGGCAAGGCACCCAGUAAAGUGACUGAUGCCCUUCCAGAGACUGUACCUGUAGGAGCAAUGGCCGCCUCAGAGGAUGAGGAGGAAGAAGAGGCUCUGGAGGCCAUGCAGUCCCGGCUGGCCACACUCCGCAGCUAGGGGGCCAGCUGGGCCCUUGAGCUUUCCUCGUGGCUCACAUGCUAGGUGUACACACACUCCUCUGAAGAGCCACCAUCAUGUACCUCUUGCACUACAGCUCUGUCAUGAGGCAUUGCAUUUUGGAGAAAGUUCUCUGCUAGUAUCUCUUCAUUAUCUGCAGAAGUUUUGGGACCUCAAAGGGAUUCUUCCUUGGAAGGUGGUGUAAUUAAAUGGAUCAUUUUCAGGAGCAUAAACAGAAGUAUCUUAAUUGGGGGAGGGUAAAGAAAUCCACCGUUUCAUGAAGCACUUCUGGAAAGAGACGAUUGCCUGAAUGUUGAGGACUUUACAUUUUUUUGUCUGUAAAACACUAUAUAAAUGGAUUUAAUAAAUUUCUGCUUUAACACUUGG